CGGCGUUUACAUUUUGGGAGAAUUUGGCGUGGAACGAGUCAGCCAUUUUUGUUACUUGACAUAGGGAAUAAAUUUUGUUUCUAUGUGUAACCUAGUGGUCUGAACUCAUAAAAACCAAAGCCCAGGCUGAAAGUGAUAACUUUAUUUUAUAAUGAUAUGUUUUAAAUGGAGAUUAAAUCCCGUUUGCCUUGUGAACUUCACUUUUUGAUGGACCCAAGGGCACUACUUCAUAGUCAACUUGGUGCUGUAAAUGACCCCGAUUUUCUGUGAAAAACGAACCAGAAAGCGUCCACGGAAGCCGAUUCUGUUAGAGAUAAGUAGAUAAAUUGUGUAUAUAGACGCUUAGGGUAGAAAAACUGCGAAUGAAGCAUUAUAUUCUGUAAAGAAUCGUUUCAACGUAGUCUCACCUGGACGUCAAACUAUAAUUUAUUCAACAUGUCGACUCGAACCCCAUUGCAAACGGUUCAUGAAUCGGUUACAACGGAAUCAAGAAGCAGCAAUCGCCGGCAAACCGAUGACAAUGCCAACCCGAGAAUCUCAUCCUCCGGGCGAAGAACGGAUGAACCACACAUAGGAAAAUACAGACUUAUCAAAACGAUAGGCAAAGGAAAUUUUGCCAAAGUCAAGUUGGCCAAACAUGUCCCAACUGGCAGGGAGGUUGCAAUCAAAAUUAUUGACAAGACACAGCUGAACCCAUCAAGCUUAAACAAGCUUUUUAGGGAAGUAAGAAUAAUGAAGAACUUGGAUCAUCCCAACAUUGUGAAACUGUUUGAAGUGAUUGAAACAGAGAAAACAUUGUACUUAGUCAUGGAGUAUGCAAGUGGAGGAGAAGUAUUUGACUAUCUUGUUGCCCAUGGUAGAAUGAAGGAAAAGGAAGCCAGAGCCAAAUUUCGUCAGAUUGUAUCAUCUGUGCAGUACUGCCAUCAAAAGCAUAUAGUCCACAGAGAUCUUAAGGCUGAAAACUUACUGUUAGAUGGUGAUAUGAACAUAAAGAUUGCUGACUUUGGUUUUAGCAAUGAGUUUGUUCCAGGAAAUAAGUUGGACACAUUCUGUGGGAGCCCUCCAUAUGCUGCUCCAGAAUUGUUUCAGGGGAAGAAGUAUGAUGGGCCCGAGGUGGAUGUUUGGAGUUUAGGAGUUAUACUGUACACACUAGUCAGUGGUUCUCUUCCAUUUGAUGGACAGAAUUUAAAGGAAUUGAGAGAAAGGGUGUUACGUGGAAAAUACCGAAUCCCAUUUUACAUGUCAACAGACUGUGAAAAUCUGUUAAAAAAGUUUUUAGUAUUAAAUCCUACUAAGAGAGUUUGUCUAGAGAAUAUUAUGAAAGACAGAUGGAUCAAUAUGGGUUAUGAAGAACGGGAUUUAAAGCCCUACAAGGAGCCACCAAAAGACCUCCUUGAAAAUAAACGAAUAGAAUUGAUGCUAAACAUGGGCUACACAAGGCAAGCUGUAGAGGACUCCAUCACACACCAGAAGUAUGAUGACGUCCAGGCCACGUAUCUGUUGUUAGGGAGGAGGACAUCAGAUUUGGAGGGCAGUGACCGCUCUGGCAGUAGUCAGUCAUUAAGACAUUUAGGGCAGAUGUCCUCAAAUAGGCCACAUAGUGAAAACACAGCCAAUAGUCAGUCUCCUAACAAAGUGACCCGUAGUCAGUCGGCGACCAGUAGUGGCACCAAUCAAGGCAGGCGACGGUACAGCCAAGGCACAGAAAAUAAUGGUAGUAUCAAACGAACUACAGGACCAUCUAGUUCUCAAUCAUCAUCACACACCCCACGUAGGCAGAACACCAUCGAUUCUUCCUCUACCAAGGAGAAUGCCCUUUCCGGGCGGAAAACUCCCUCUGGAGGCCCCAUCAUGGAAUCUCCAAAGAGAUCUCCUUUCGUACGAGAGAGUAUCAAAGGACAGCAGAUCAGUUCCACACCAACCCGUUCUACAAUGCCCAAAAAAUUAACUUCCUCCCAGACCUCAUCUUCUUCCUCGUCUUCAGCCAAGAACAGCUCCAUUCACAGUAGUAUUCCCCGCCGGACAGGCCGCAGUGAGACCUUUAGCCCGGGGGAUGUUCGUUCCCAGCCAUCCCAGGAAAAACCAACCCGCACAACUAACGGCCAGGAUCUCAGAGGACCAAUGUCCAAUUCGACUGGUGGUACAGAGAAUCCAUCUGUCCGGCCUAAAAGCCAUGUGAAGUCUGCAAGUUUAACACAAUCCCAAGUGGCUCGCGUCACAGACCUACCUCCUCUUAAUGAUGGCGACAAUUUUCGACCAACGACUGCCCCUGGAAAAACUUUACCUGUUUCUCCUGUACCACCCAAAAGUUAUCUGAAUAGAACUGUUCUCAGAAACACAUUCCACGGUGGUCCAGUGAGAGACAGACGGCAGCCCAGAACUUACAAUGGACCCGAUCACACUCAGGACACAUCUGCUAUGAAUGCGGCAGGUCGCAUGUCAUUUUUCAAUAAACUAAGUCAAAAAUUCAGUCGAAGGGAAAACACAACUUUGAGUGGGGAGAAGGUGGAUCAAAAGUCAUUGAGUCGUGAACUGUACGUGUCCACUCUCAACAAAUUGUUCCGCAGGUCAGUAGCAGAGGGACAGUCCGACAACCCAAUGGUCAAACCCAGGUCACUGAGAUUCACAUGGAGCAUGAAAACCACUAGUUCAAUGGACCCUAAUGACAUGAUGAAGGAAAUAAGGAAAGUGUUAGAUGCCAACAACUGUGAUUAUGAACAGCGGGAGAAGUUUUUGUUACUGUGUGUACAUGGGGACCCUAAUACAGACAGCUUAGUGCAAUGGGAAAUGGAGGUCUGUAAGCUUCCAAGACUCUCCCUCAAUGGGGUACGAUUCAAACGGAUUUCAGGGACCUCUAUAGGGUUUAAGAACAUUGCUUCAAAAAUUGCCAAUGAACUUAAACUGUGAUGCCAUGUUAAAGUGCUGGAAUGUUGAACGAUUUGUUUGAGGAACAUGAAGCGGGCCACAUUGGGAUGGACCAGAUCCCAAAGGCGUGUGAGAGUUUGUCGGUGGACAGAUUAUAGAUAUUAACUCGUCUGUGGUAAAAUUUAUAUAACAAUCGCAUUAACAGAUUUUUAUUUUGUACAAAUGUGUAAAGAACAUAUAAAGUAUUUGUAUGAUAAAAUAAAUGGAGCCCACGCAGAAAGCUGGGUUGAUAAUGUGUACACAAGUAUGUAUAUUUAAGACUGUGUAAAUGGAAAAAAAAAAAAGAAUGGUGUGUGAGUGUGUAAGUUAUGAACUUUGAGGGAUGGGCACAGAUGGAUGGUUAUUGCCCUUCACCUGCUAAGUCAUAUCAGAACCAGCUGUACUAUCUUCAGAAAGUAAAUUAAGAUGAUAUGCUUUAUCAGUAAAUAUAAGUAAGAUGGGACUGAAUCAACUUCUUUUUGCAACAGUUCUUAUGGGGGUGAUGAGGUAUUAUUUGAAAUGCUUGGGCUUGUAAACUGUGAUAUCAUGUGAAAGUGCCAUCCCUCUAAGUGUCAGUUGUCUAGUGCAAUUUACUUUCCAAAGGUAAAAAUUGUGAACAAAUGAUACAGGCAGUGUUCUUUUAAGAAUUUUUUUUUAAUCAUGUCUGCAUGUGUUUGCUAUAUGCUUCCAUGAAAGAGUUUUAACCUUCAUAAUACCUAGAA